UUCCUUAAAUUAAAAUACAAGGUUCUAAUGCUUAAUCGUCAAACAAAUGGGAAGACUUGGACUAAGCCGUGUCAACUGAAUUGUAAUUUGAUAAAAUGAAAAUGAAAAUGAUGAGAACAUACUCACACUCACAAACAGAAUGGAAAACAAUAACAAGGGGCUUAUGCUAAUGGUGUUUUUCUUCUUCUUUUCCUCCAUGCUAACUUUCUCUACACAGAAAACUUUUACUACUAUUGCUCCAAAUCAGUUUAUGCAAUACGGUGAUACUCUUGUUUCUGCAGCUGAGAGGUAUGAAGCAGGAUUUUUCAACUUUGGCGAUUCACAACGCCAAUACUUCGGUAUAUGGUACAAGAACAUAUCACCAAGGACUAUUGUGUGGGUUGCCAAUAGAAAUACUCCUACACAAAACUCAACAGCAAUGCUGAAAGUCAAUGAUCAAGGAAGUCUUGUUAUUCUUGAUGGCUCCAAAGGUGUCAUCUGGAACUCCAAUUCAUCAAGCACAGCGACGGUGAAAUCAGUUAUUGUGCAGCUGUUGGAUUCAGGAAACCUUGUUGUGAAAGAUGCAAACAGCAGCGGUAAGAAUGAGGAUUUAUUGUGGGAAAGUUUUGAUUAUCCUGGUAACACUUUCCUUGCUGGAAUGAAGCUGAAAAGUAACUUAGUUACUGGUCCAUAUAGAUAUCUCACAUCUUGGAGAAACCCUCAAGAUCCUGCUGAAGGUGAGUGUUCGUAUAAGAUAGAUACACAUGGUUUUCCUCAACUAGUUACUGCAAAGGGAGCAAACGUUCUGUAUAGAGGAGGGUCAUGGAAUGGAUUUCUUUUCACCGGUGUUUCUUGGCUAAGACUGCAUAGAGUCUUGAAUUUCUCGGUAGUGGUCACUGACAAAGAAUUCUCUUAUCAAUAUGAAACUUUAAACAGUUCAAUUAAUACUAGAUUGGUGCUAGAUCCAUAUGGAACUUCACAACGUUUACAAUGGUCAGAUAGGACACAGAUUUGGGAGGCUAUAUAUUCUCUUCCUGCAGACCAGUGUGAUGCUUAUGACUUGUGUGGUAACAAUUCUAACUGCAAUGGUGAUAUCUUUCCAAUAUGUGAAUGCUUAGAAGGUUUCAUGCCAAAAUUUCAACUAGAGUGGGAUUCAUCAAAUUGGUCUGGUGGAUGUCUAAGAAAAACACGUUUAAAUUGUCUCCAUGGCGAUGGAUUUUUACCGUACACAAACAUGAAGUUGCCAGAUACAUCAUCAUCGUAUUAUAACAAGAGCUUGAGCCUUGAGGAAUGUAAGACAAUGUGUUUGAAAAACUGUACUUGCACUGCAUAUGCAAAUUCAGAUAUCAAAGAUGGUGGGAGUGGCUGCAUACUUUGGUUUAACAACAUUGUGGACAUGAGAAAACAUCAAGACCAAGGACAAGACAUUUACAUACGGAUGGCAUCUUCAGAACUUGAUCAUAAAGAGAAUAAGCGGAAAUUGAAGCUUGCUGGGACUCUUGCAGGAGUUAUUGCAUUCAUUAUAGUACUAAGCGUUCUCGUUUUGAUCACAUCAACAUAUAGAAAGAAGCUUGGGUAUAUAAAAAAGUUAUUUCUCUGGAAGCACAAGAAGGAGAAGGAAUAUGGUGAUUUCGCAACAAUAUUUGAUUUUUCAACCAUCACUAAUGCAACAAAUAAUUUCUCUAUCAGAAACAAGUUGGGAGAAGGUGGUUUUGGAGCAGUGUACAAGGGCGUAAUGGUUGACGGCCAAGAGAUUGCUGUUAAGAGGCUUUCUAAAACAUCGGCACAAGGAACCGAGGAGUUCAAAAAUGAAGUAAACUUGAUGGCAACGCUUCAACACCGUAAUCUUGUAAAACUUCUUGGUUGUUCUAUUCGACAAGAAGAAAAGUUGUUGAUCUAUGAAUUCAUGGCCAACAGAAGCUUGGAUUACUUUAUUUUUGAUACUAUACGAAGCAAAUUGCUAAAUUGGAUUAAGCGUCUGGAAAUUAUUGAUGGAAUUGCUCGAGGGCUGUUGUAUCUUCAUCAAGAUUCUACACUAAGAAUCAUACAUAGAGAUAUGAAAACAAGCAAUAUUCUUCUUGAUGUUGAUAUGAUCCCAAAGAUAGCAGACUUUGGUUUAGCCAGAUCAUUUAUGGGAGACGAAGCAGAGGCUAAUACAAAUAGAUUGAUCGGAUCAUAUGGAUAUAUGCCUCCAGAAUAUGCAGCGGAUGGAUCCUUCUCAAUAAAAUCUGAUGUUUUCAGCUUUGGAGUUGUUCUACUUGAGAUAAUUAGCGGUAGAAAGAAUCAUGGAUUUCGUGACCCUCUACAUCGUCUUAACCUUCUUGGUCAUGCAUGGAAACUAUGGAUUGAAGAAAGACCACUGGAGUUAAUAGCUGACGUAUUAUAUGAUGAUGAGGCCAUAUGUUCAGAAAUAAUAAGAUUUAUUCAUGUUGGUCUAUUGUGUGUGCAACAGCUACCAGAAAAUAGGCCUAACAUGUCAUCUGUGGUCUUUAUGUUAAAGGGUGAAAAGUUACUCCCCAAACCAAAUGAACCCGGGUUCUAUGCUGCAAGGGAUAAAACAAAUAGCAUAGAAUCUUCAUCUAAAGAUUUUUCAAUAAGCGAAGCUUCAAUCUCAUUGUUAGAGGCCCGACAAGGUGCUAAUGCUAAAUCGUCAAUCAAAAAAAAAUACGCAAACAGAAUGAAGAACCAAAAUAAGAUGCUACUGCUAAUGGUGUAUACUUUCUUAUUUUGCUCCAUGCCCACUUUGUCUACACAGAACACUUUUACUGCUAUUGCUCCAAAUCAAUUUAUGCAAUUCGGUGAUACGCUUGUCUCUGCAGCUGGAAGGUUUGAAGCAGGAUUUUUCAACUUUGGCGAUUCACAACAUCAAUACUUCGGUAUAUGGUACAAGAAUAUAUCACCAAGGACUAUUGUAUGGGUUGCCAAUAGAAAUACUCCUGCACAAAACUCAACAGCAAUGCUGAAACUUAACGAUCAAGGAAGUCUUAUUAUUCUUGAUGGCUCCGAGGGUGUCAUAUGGAACUCCAAUUCAUCAAGAAUUGCAGCGGUGAAAUCUGUUACUGUUAAGCUGUUAGAUUCAGGAAACCUUGUUUUGAAAGAUGCAAACAGCAGCGAUGAGAAUGAGGAUUUCUUGUGGGAAAGUUUUGAUUAUCCUGGUAACACUUUCCUUGCUGGAAUGAAGCUGAAAAGUAACUUAGUUACUGGUCCAUAUAGAUAUCUCACAUCUUGGAAAAACCCUCAAGAUCCUGCUGAAGGUGAGUGUUCAUAUAAGAUAGAUAUACAUGGUUUUCCUCAACUGGUUAAUUCAAAGGGAGCAAAAGUUCUAUAUAGAGGAGGGUCAUGGAAUGGAUUUCUUUUCACUGGUGUUUCUUGGCAAAGACUGCGUAGAGUCUUGAAUUUCUCAGUAGUAGUCACCGACAAAGAAUUCUCUUAUCAAUAUGAAACUUUGAACAGUUCAAUUAAUACUAGAUUGGUGCUAGAUCCAUAUGGAAUGUCACAACGUUUUCAAUGGUCAGAUAGGACACAAAUUUGGGAGGCUAUAUCUUCUCGUCCUGCAGACCAGUGUGAUGCUUAUGACUUGUGUGGUAUCAAUUCUAACUGCAAUGGCGAAAGCUUUCCAAUAUGUGAAUGCUUGGAAGGUUUCAUGUCAAAUAGGUUUGGUGGGUGUGUAAGGAAAACGCAUUUAAAUUGUCCCGAUGGAGAUGGAUUUUUACCGUACACAAACAUGAAGUUGCCAGAUACGUCAGCAUCGUGGUUUGACAAGAGCUUGAGCCUUAAGGAAUGUAAGACAAUGUGUUUGAAAAACUGUUCUUGCACUGCAUAUGCAAAUUUAGAUAUCAGAGAUGGUGGGAGUGGCUGCUUACUUUGGUUUGGCAACAUUGUGGACAUGAGAAAACAUCCUGACGUAGGACAAGAAAUUUACAUACGGCUGGCAUCUUCAGAACUUGAUCAUAUAAAGAAUACGAGAAACUUGAAGCGUGUUCGGACUGUUGCAGGAGUUAUUGCAUUCAUAAUAGGACUAUCCGUUCUUGUAAUGGUCAUAUCAGCAUAUAGGAAGAAGCAUGGGUAUAUAAGAAAGUUAUUUCACAAGAAGGAGAAGGAAGAUGAUGACUUGGCUACGAUAUUUGAUUUUUCCACCAUCACCAAUGCAACAAAUCACUUCUCUAAUAGAAAUAAGUUAGGAGAAGGUGGUUUUGGACAGGUGUACAAGGGUAUAAUGCUAGAUGGCCAAGAGAUUGCUGUUAAGAGGCUUUCUAAAACAUCGAGACAAGGAUCCGAGGAGUUCAAAAAUGAAGUAAAGAUGAUGGCAACACUUCAACACCGUAAUCUAGUAAAACUUCUUGGUUGUUCUAUUCAACAAGAUGAAAAGUUGUUGAUCUACGAAUUCAUGCCCAACAGAAGCUUGGAUAACUUUAUUUUUGAUACAACACGAAGUAAAUUAUUAGAUUGGACUAAGCGCUUGGAAAUUAUUGACGGGAUUGCUCGGGGGCUGCUGUAUCUCCAUCAGGAUUCUACAUUAAGAAUCAUACAUAGAGAUCUCAAGACAAGCAAUAUUCUUCUUGAUGUUGAUAUGAUCCCAAAGAUAUCAGAUUUUGGUUUAGCCAGAUCAUUUAUGGGAGACGAAGCCGAGGCUAAUACAAAUAGAGUGAUGGGAACAUAUGGAUAUAUGCCUCCAGAAUAUGCAGUGCAUGGGUCUUUCUCAAUAAAAUCUGAUGUUUUUAGCUUUGGAGUCGUUGUACUUGAGAUAAUUAGCGGUAGAAAGAAUCGCGGAUUUUGUGACCCUCGACAUCAUUUAAACCUUCUUGGCCAUGCAUGGAGACUAUGGAUUGAAGGAAGGACACUGGAGUUAAUAGCUGACAUAUCGUAUGAUGAUGUCAUAUCUUCAAAAAUAAUAAGAUUUAUUCAUGUUGGUCUAUUGUGUGUUCAACAGAAACCAGAAAAUAGGCCUAACAUGUCAUCUGUGGUUUUUAUGUUAAAGGGUGAAAAUUUACUCCCCAAACCAAAUGAACCCGGGUUCUACGCAGGAGGAGAUGAUACUAAUAGCACAAAAUCUUCUUCAAAAAAGUGUUCAAUAAAUGAAGCUUCAAUCUCAUUGUUACAGGCCCGAUAGAAUGCCACUGUGUGUAUGUGAGAGAGAUACUGAUAUGGAUGAAAUAUAGAUAUAGAUAUAGAUAGAUCAUAGAACAAUAAUGUGUUGAGUUUUAUGUUAGUAUAAUUCGUGAUAAAUUCCUAUUGUAAAAGCAAAUUUCAAAAACUUAUUUAAAAGAACAGGCCAUUUAUAUCUGGUAUGGUAAAUCAA